UGAUGGAUCUUCUAUUUUUUAAGCUAUUUAUCAUAAACGUGGCUUUGAAAACGGUGGCUUUUUUUCAAACCACUUUGGGUUUUGUGACACAGAUUUGCACUGAGGCUUUUCUGCUCACGGUUACAGUAAUGUCCUCUGGCUUCAUGAAAGCCGUUGUGGUUGAAAGCACACACAGCAGUUAGAGCAGGAGGAGGAGGCUCCUGACUGAGGAUAUUGUCUUCGGCACGGCAGGGAACUCCAGACAAAUCCCUCGUACAUGCAGGUUGUCACCCACAAGCAAAGAGUUAAGUCCUGCGGUUCCGUGGCCCCUCCUCUUUGAUGUUCUGACAUCAUUUGCCCUGCCCCCUGAAAGAUCUACCCGCUCUCCUCAGAGCCCGUCACUUCUGCUCUGCAAUGUCUACGAGCAGCUUCAGGACCGAGGGUUUUCAUCAGAGGAACAAAGCCAUGAUCUGAGGGGGCUUCUGAGGUCCCAGAGGACGCCACGGGUGAAGCUGCCGGGCUCAACAGAGUAAUGGCUGUUCAGACGGCAAUCAUGAACCCCCAGUUCAUGAGUUUCUGCUUCCCUGGGUCUGUGAUGGAGUUCGACGUGGAGAAAAGUCUGGAUGGGAGUCUCCUCUGCGAGGCGGAGCAGGAUGAGGACUUCAAGGAGACCACGAGGGACCUCCUGAGCUUCAUCGACUCGGCCUCCAGCAACAUCAAGCUGGCUCUGGACAAGCCGGUCAAGUCCAAGAGGAAAGUCAACCACCGGAAGUACCUUCAGAAGCAGAUCAAACGGUGCACUGGCAUCAUAACACCCGGAAACGGAGCGGAAACGCCGGUAAAAAGACAGAGUUCCCCUGUGUCUCAGCAGAGCUCUUUGCAGAACAAAGUCCUGCCUAAACGGGACGGAGUCCAGGCCAACCUGCAGAGCAAGAGCCUGGCAGCGCUCUUCAGCCCCGUUAAGGAAUUAAGAGGCGAGAGAGCGAAGAAGCCACCCCUGAGACACCGCAACCUGCCUCCGUCUUUCUUCACUGAGCCUGCCAACUGCUCUAAAGUCAGCCCCACGUCUGAGGUGACCCUCAAGGACCUGGAGCGAGGCAGCCCAGACUUCUUUGAGCUCCUGGGACCCGACUACAGCAGCAUGGUCAGCGACCAGGAUCUUUACCCAAGCGUGCCUCUGCGCAUGCAGUCGGAGCUGGGAGGCCUGGACCCCGCUUCUUAUGACGCCCAUGUAGUAGCUCAUCAUCUGUACACAGCAGACCCCUGGACUAGCUGCUCAGGACCUUCCAAGAAGCUAGGAGAGAACCCGCGUGCAGGCCCAGUCCAGCCCCCUGCUUAUUUCCAGUCGGAGGAGGCCUCCGGAGGCAUGGAUGAUAACGCACUGUGCACUUUGGCUUUUCCAAACUUCUUCCCAGACUGCUCCUUACCUCAGGUGACCUAUGACUUAAACAGUGGCUACAACAGGUCCAGUUAUUCAUCACUAUGAGGAACGUCAAAAUAAACCCAAACCCUGCACAGCGAAGUGUCCUGCAUUUCCCCACAAAACAUCUGGCACAAAAUUCCCACAUCUGCUUGUGUUUUAUAAUAAAAUUACUCCAAAUGUGCAUUCGUGUCUCCUCAGGGGGUUCACUGCAAGAGAGAGAGAGAGAGGGGGGGGGGGGGAUAUAAAUGUUAAAAAUGAUCAUUCAGACCUCGUUUUACAAAAGUAGUUGUCUCACUCUAGAAAGCGACACUAACUGUAGAUCAGGUGUUUCACAAAACCACUGAGGCACUUUUUUUAGAUCCUGUUAGAAGACGUUCUGUAACAUUGCAUUACAGUCCAGAUAAAAACGUAUAUUUAGAGAUUUUUAUUGCUCUGAAUUUAUUUUCAGCUGGAACAUUUACCAAUUCUUUCUUUUCUUCUUUAUUUUUCAAAGCUUUUAAUGUAUCUAGCUAUUGUAAGAUGACAAAAUAAAGCUGGUCUUUAUUA